AUGCCGUCUCAUCCAUCGCCUGUUGGUGAUAGCCUGUUACUCGUUUCAAAUCCUCCUUCACCCAUAGACAAAGAUAUUGAGAUAGAAGAAACAAAUCAAUCUCCAGCUCCAAGAACAGAUUCUUCAAUGCCGUCUCAUCCAUCGCCCGUUGAUGAUAACUCUGAAAUAGAAUUGGAAACUUUGAAUGAUGACUUAGUAGGGGAAUACGAAGUACGUGAAAGUGUUUUAUGUAAGACGGAUAAAGCUAAACCUGCUCCUCUCAUGAAAAAAAGCUACACUUACUCGGAGUUGGAAGCACUUGAUGAAGACCAGUGGAAUGAUUUUAUGGGCAUCACAGAUGACCAGGCCGUCCAUUCUGACGUUGGUGGUGAUUCUGAUGGUGAAGACUGUUUCAACGACAGUAUCAUCACCAAUAAUGCCAGUAGCUGUAGUACCCGUAGGAGAAACCGAGACCAACUGCCAGGACCAUCACGUUUGUCAGAACCUCCUCCCUCUACAUCAUCACCUUCACUAAAUUUAACAUCCUCAUCGUCGCUGCCGCAGUCGCCACUAUCACCCCCGUUGCCGCCGCCACCACCCCCGUCGUCACCGCCACCACCUCCGUCGCCGUCGCCCCCACCCCCGUCUUCGCCCCUACCACCCCAUCCUCAAGUAGCCCCAAGUACUAUUGAGGAUACCUGGACGAAGGCUUACCCUGGGGGUACAAAACCCAUGACUCAUUUGAUAUUCAGGAGCAAAUUAGCUGAUGAACUUAUUGGAGAUGAAAAACCCUCUGUACCUAUUCAAAAUGACGAUGAUGAGAAUGACCACAGGCCAAUAAAGUCAACCAAGAAAAAUUUAAGACGAUGCAGAUAUUGCAGUACUGCUUCUAAGCCAAAGAGAAGUACCUAUGAAUGUGUUAAGUGCAAUGUCGCCUUAUGUGUAGAAUGCUUUGUACCAUUUCAUAAUUCAGGAAUGAAAAAGAAAAUCUAA